AAUUUAAGAUUCGCUUUAUUUAAUUGCCUUAUAUUGGAAGAGGGGUCAUUUUAGAGGCAUUUUUCAAGCCAACUUUCCUGAGGUUUCUUUCUGCCCGCCUCACUCACUCUCUCUCUCCCUCCCUCCUCCCUGCCUUCCUCCCUUCCUCCAUCCUUUCCGCGCAAACACGCUGCUUUCUCACAGUCACUCAGUGGCGGUGCACUUUCGUGGAAACACCGUGUUGUGUGUGUUUUUGCUUCUGGAGUCUGUAGUCUACACGGCAGCAUCGCUUCUGUCCCUUAGCAGCUUCUGCGUGGAGGCGAGUCGGUAUGUCGGCGUGAGCCUAAGGAAAGACCUAAAGGGCGUUCGCGUUCCUCGAAGUGAUCAUGAAGUCCCCGCGCCUCUGGAUCCUUCUCGGGGUAAUGACCGCAUGUCAGCAGCUCGCCACUUCUGCCACAUACGGAUGUUUGUUUGAUGGGGGUCUUUGCACCAAUGGUCAGGUCUGUUGGGAUGAUGAGUUGUUUGGGCAGUGUCUUACACAGCAGCAAGAGAGAUUUCACUACAGGGUGACUGCAGGCUUACUGGACAGACUACAGUCUUUACUGCAAAUGCUCAUGAGAAAAGGACUGACCUGGCAGGAUGAAGCCACCCAAUUGAUCGUAGAUAAGGAACUUAGCAUGGUUUUAAAGAUCCCACUGUCAUCUGCUGUGAAGAAUACACCCUCCUCAAAAUCUGGUGAAGGUCCAGCAGACCAGCUAAACCCCAAACUCCAGCACUACAUGGACUACAUGAUUGUUGAGCCUCCUCAGUCCUCCCUUCACAGGCAAAGCCUGGAACCUUAUACCUACCAAAAGUAUGGUUACCAAGAUGAUGAGGAGCGCUCUUUAAACCUGGUGGAUGGAAACAUGUACCCAUCAUCUUCCUCCAGAGUGACAAGGCCCCGCCCUAAUGCUUUGGAUAAGGACACCCAGCUGCUUCAGGAUUUGAUGUCUCUUCUUCUCUCCUCUCCUGCACAAGCCACAACUCGCCACCGGGUGGCGACACCCCUCUCCACAUCACCUUUCUUCCAAGGGUUGGAUUUCCCACUUGGGAACAUGGACAUGGACAUGGGAGGUAGUAGCCAGGAACAGAAGAAGAAGUCCUCCAAGGAGUAUAGGCCUGGUAAUGAAGACCCCACUCAACAGAGUCUAAAUAAGCUGCUAAUGCAGCAUGGCUUUGAUCUGACUAAUUUGAACCCCAGAGAAAUGGAAAGUCUCUUCACUGUCCUGGACCUCCUGCAGAAUGAACCUCCAAUCCCACACAAUCAGGAUCAUAAGGUGGAUCCGUCCACACCACAGAAGAUGAUCACUGAGGGAGAAAUGACACACAUGGUGCAAAAAGCUCCAGUACCAGCAAUUUCACCCCCUUCCACUUUUGCUAUGGAGGGUUCCAUCAAUGAUGUAUCUUCAAAAACUAAUGAUAUUAAAGAGGAGGAGAGAGUAGAGCCUCCUGCCGCUUUGCUAAAACAGGAGAAGGGGUGGAAGGUAGAGGAAAAGGAGUGGAAAGGAGUUCCCAAUACAUCACCAGCGAAAAAUCAAACCAAAUACAAAGAAGAGUAUGGAUAUAUUGUUACAAACAAGAGUCCCCUUUCUCUGUUUGAUGGCGUUCGUCUUUUGGUGGCCCUGACUAAGAGAAUCCAUCUCACCAUUGGCUCUUUUAUCAACAUCAGCGUGGUAGGUCCGGCUCUCAUGUUCCAAGUUCGCCCGAAUAGACAGAACCUGUCAAACGCCGAUGUAGCGGACAAGGCUGUGGCUGAAAAGGACUUUCUAGAAUCUGAAACUGGCCUGAAUGUGCUCCAGGCUGGUGUGGGAGAGAAAAAUGACGGGCUGCCGGUGGCAACGCGUGUGCACAACAGCAGCCAGUGGGUGUUUCUUAUGUUUGUGGGCGUGGCUUGUGUGGGUGGGCUCUUAGUGGGCUCACUAACGAUUGCAUGCUUGCGUAGCCAUGCUCAACAUCUGGCCUCCAGGAAGUUGGGCUUGGGUCCAGAGGGAGGCAGGGGCACACACUAUGCAUAUCAGGAUCUCUGUAGGCAGCACAUGGCUGCGAAAUCCUCCUCGGGAAGACAAGAGUGUGGGGUCACAACCGGAGGGAGUGGGACAGGGGGAGCGGUAGGAGGAGCUGGAACAGAUGCUUCGAGGGUCAGUAGCGUAUCGUCUCAGUUCAGUGAUGCCCCUCAGGCCAGCCCCAGCUCACACAGCAGCACUCCCUCCUGGUGUGAGGAGCCAGCACAGUCAAACAUGGACAUCUCCACUGGCCACAUGAUACUGGCAUAUAUGGAAGACCACGUGAGGAAUAAGGAUCGCCUGCUGAAGGAGUGGGAGGCAUUGUGCUCCUACCAAGCCGAACCCAGCACCGUGUCUGUCGCUCAGAGUGAAUCAAACAUUAAAAAGAACCGCUGCCCCGAUGUCGUGCCAUAUGAUCACUCCCGGGUGAAACUGAAGGUCGAGGUUAACCCCUCAAGAGCUGACUACAUCAACGCCAGCACCAUAAUUGAGCAUGACCCCAGAAUGCCAGCGUACAUCGCCACCCAAGGACCACUUUCGCAUACAAUCUCUGACUUUUGGCAGAUGGUCUGGGAGAAUGGAUGUACUGUGAUUGUGAUGAUGACCGCACUUGUCGAGGAUGGAGAGAAGCAGUGUGAUCGCUAUUGGCCUGAUGAGGGCUCAUCCCUCUACCACAUCUAUGAGGUGAACCUGGUGUCGGAGCACAUCUGGUGCAAUGAUUUCCUGGUACGGAGCUUCUACCUGAAAAAUGUGCAGACGCAGGAGACACGCACUCUCACCCAGUUCCACUUUCUGAGCUGGCCUGCACAGGGUAUUCCAACCUCCACGCGCCCUCUGCUGGACUUCCGCAGGAAGGUAAAUAAAUGCUACAGAGGACGCUCCUGCCCAAUUAUAGUCCACUGCAGUGAUGGUACAGGCCGGACUGGAACAUACAUCUUGAUUGACAUGGUUCUGAACCGCAUGGCAAAAGGUGUGAAGGAAAUCGAUAUCGCUGCAACCCUAGAGCACAUUCGUGACCAGAGACCGGGAAUGGUGCGCACAAAGGACCAGUUUGAGUUUGCCCUGACUGCUGUGGCUGAAGAAGUCAAUGCCAUUCUUAAAGCCCUUCCCCAGUGAGACCCAAGCGUGAAAUCCACACACACACACCACUAUACAAUCCAUAUAGAAUACAUUCAUGCAUGAGUAAACUACUAACUGGUCCUCAUGUGUCUGAAUCUCAGCCCAUACCGCUCCAGCAUGUCUGCACGUGCACACAUUCAGCCAGUCUGCGUUCCUGAAGUAGAUCAAUCACGUUACAUCAUCUCAUCUUCAGCUCUUUGCACAUACAGAACAAGACAGCUUAUUUCAGGAAAUCAAACCCUUCAGGAUCACUCCUUAUCGUUCGUCACUCUAUUAAAAUCGGAAAGAGUAGAGUAAUCCGCCGUUCCUCGUGUUUGCUCCGUCUGCGUUUCCACUCUCGUAACCAUAGUAAUGGCUUUGUACCGAUUUCACCUCAGCAGUGCUGCGAGUGUUUUUCGGAGACAAGAUUCUCUCGUCUCCGGUUGCAUUAGUCGAGCUCAGGCUAAGAUCCAAUCUGACCAAACUCUGUUCGAUAGGUUAAUAGAGUUUGAUGGAAAUUGGUUCCUAGUGAAUGUGACUGAAUGUUUCUGCUUUGUUCCUCUUUUUUCUCUAUACCUCUUGCACACUUUGACCUUCUUGAUUGUAAUUGUUCUUUUCGUCUUGCAUUCCAGCAUAAAAAAAAUCUAAAAAUAUAAUAUAUAUAUAUAUAUAUAUAUAUACGUAUCUAAUAAAGAAAUAUUAAUUUUGUAUUUUGUGGUGAAUAAUAAAAGUUUUGUGUA